GCCAGCAGUUAGUGUUUUUGGGAACACAGCCCGCAGGUUUGGUCCUGAUUCAGAGCUGCAGGCAGGAAACGGUAUAAAAGCUCAGCAGCUUUUUUAAACUAAUAGAAAACUGACAGAACUUGACGUUGUUCGGUGUGACUAGCACUUAAAAACAGUAAGAAACAUGUCAAAUAGCUGCGACGCGUCGUCGAGCCGCCCGAUACCCAGUCGUGUUACAGAGUCACAGUGGUCUUCUCUACCUGACUCGUACAGCCAGACCCCUGGAGGUACUGUGUUCUCCACCACUCCUGGAGGAACUAGAAUAAUUUAUGACAGAAAAUUUCUCCUGGAAUGUCGAAACUCACCCAUCACACGGACUCCACCAUGCUGUCUCCCUCAUAUUCCUGGGGUCACCAUGCCCUCUGCACACCCACUGGACAAACUGCUGGAGCAGGAUGAGUGCCGCAAGGACCCACCUGUUGAUGACAGUCAGUUUGUCUUGGACAUCUGAACAUGCAAAGCAAACAACUCCUUUGGUGAAGUUUUCUCUCGCAGCCACUUCUGUCUGUGCCUCAGAUCGAAGAAACCAUGGUUUAUGGUUCUGUAAUGCUUGCAUCUCUGAUCGGUUUGAAUAAUGAAAUGGCUUAGUUAAGGAAAAGCAUUUUGACUAGGGUGGAAUUUGGGGCAAAGAACUGACUAAGAUCAGUUAAACAGGGGCAAUAUGCUGAUGUAAAUGUGUGCCUUCUUUACUACACUAAGAGUUGAAUUAGAGAUAGAUAAUGACAGUAUAUAUUCACUUGGGAUUUUUCAAGUGUAGCUUUUUUUAUACUGGCUUUCCAGUUGGUUUUCCCUGUAAGACCCUGUAAGGGUAACUAUGUCAGUACCAUGUGAUGGGUUUUCAUGAAAACUCUUGGUAUUUACUGUGAUUCAGUUUCAUGGUACAACUUUGAAUAAACCUAUAAUCCACA